UGCCAGGUCAUACAAUACUACAUUUUACAGAUAAAACCUCUCGCAUAAGAGCUGGUGUAGAUGUCAUCAUUGGAGCAGAGGCCAACAAAGAGGUGUCCAGCAACUCUGUGAGUGGGAUUACACUGGAUCAGUUUCAAUUGGUAUGGCAGAGUUCUUAGAACUAGACUGGACAGUAGACUGGAAGGAAAGAUGCAUUGCUUUGGAAUCUCAGCUGAUGAAAUUUCGUCUGCAAGCAAGCAAAAUAAGGGAGUUGCUAGCAGAGAAGAUGCAGCAGCUUGAAAAACAAGUUGUUGAUGCAGACCGUCAAGCAGAAAAGGCUUUUCAGCAGGUCCAGAUUAUGGAAGAGAAACUAAAAGCUGCUAACAUCCAAACCAGUGAGUCAGAGACAAGGUUGUAUAAGAAGUGCCAAGAUUUGGAGAUACUGAUGCAGGAGAAAGAUGACGUUAUACAGAAUUUGGAGCAACAGCUUCUAGAGCAGAAGCAAAUAAGAAUACAAGAGGCAAAAAUUAUAGAGGAAAAAGCAGCAAAGAUCAAAGAAUGGGUGACUGUCAAGCUCCAUGAGCUAGAAGUAGAGAAUCAGAACCUUCGCAUGAUCAACCAAAACCAGACUGAAGAAAUGAGGCUGCUGCAGAACAAACUGCAAGAACUUCAGGGAAAGAAAUCUGUUCCUGCAACACAUAAACCUUCAGAAGGCCAGCGACUGAGCAGCUUGACUUUUGGAUGCUUCCUAAAUAGAGCAAAAAGCCCGCAACAAGUUCCUAAGCCAGAAGACCCAAACAACUCUGCAUCAAAGCAAGCUGAACUGAGUGAAGGCAACAGCAGUCUAGAGAAAGAGAACCAGGAAACAUCUUCCGUUGGCUCAACAACGUAUGGAAAUAAUAGAUGUCUGAAGCCCUUACAACAAAAUGCUUUUAUGCUAGAACAAAGACAAGCAGUAAAGUCAAAAGAUCUAGAUAGUAAUGUGUCAAAGAAUUCCUGCAUUACAGUAAGCGAUUGGAGCUCUGACGAAGAAGAAACAGGCAAGAGCAGAUCAAAAUCUAGGUGUGCAUCUACUCUUUCAAGCCACACAUCUGAAGAGGGUACAGGAUACAGCAGAAUUGGGAGUGAAAUGUACUUGACAGCAUCAGAUGACAGCAGUUCUUUUAUGGAAGAAGAAGGUUUCCAAGCUCAAGGAAAUAUACACAAAAAAUUAUAUUCUUGGCAACAAGGGUCACCAUGGAAAAACCAGAACCAUGUCAUUGGAAAAAGCAAUUUGGAAUCCUUCGGCGACAAGAAAGACCAUGAUAGUUUUUCUGAUGAACUGAAUAAGAGGUUUCAGUCCCACAAGCUGGAUUAUUCAUCCUCCUCUAGUGAGGCCAAUACUCCAAGUCCAAUUCUAACCCCAGCUCUAGCUCCUAAGCACCCAGCACUGAUACUAGCAGUGGACUCUGACAGACAGCUGGAUUCUCCAUCAAAUUUGCCCCCUCCAAAGCUGAGGACUCCAAGUGUCUUUGCUCUAAACACAGCAUUGGCAAAAAAACAUUUUAGCCAACCAUCUCUAUGUUCAGACAAAAUGUUCGGCAAAAACAGAAAUGCAAUUAGCAUGAUACGUCCCUUUAAGCCUCAGGAAACAGAUAUUGAUCAGUUGGAUGGAGAAGGUACAGAUGUCUUAGAAAAGAUGGAUAUUGACUGUAACGAUGAACUCUUUACUUAUGAUGCCUGUGAAACUCAAUGUCCAGAAUCCUUGGACUCAGGUGAUGCAAGGAGAACUGCAAGCAGCAAGCCUCCUACCCCACCACUGCAUCGAUUCCCCUCUUGGGAAAGCAGAAUUUAUGCUGUCGCCAAGUCGGGUUUACACUUUUCUGAGGCCUUUAGCAUGGACUCCUUCAAUAAAAGUUCUACUUCUUCAACUUCAUAUUCGUCAUCAGGACUUUACACGUCGUUAAUAUACAAGAAUGUGACUACACCAGUCUAUACUACUCUUAAAGGGAAAGCAGCGCAAAUCAGCAACAACCCAUUUUUAGAUGAUUCAUCUGGGUCUGAAGAAGAAGACAGUUCUCGAUCUAGUUCUCGAACAUCUGAAUCAGACUCUCGAAGCAGAAGUGGCCCAGGUAGUCCACGGGCCAUGAAGCGAGGUGUUUCUCUUUCUUCAGUGAUAUCAGAAGGUGAUUAUGCCAUUCCUCCUGAUGCUUACUCAACUGACACCGACUACUCAGAACCAGAACAAAAGUUGCCAAAGACCUGCUCAUCAUCUAGUGAUAAUGGGAAAAAUGAACCACUGGAAAAAUCUGGAUAUUUGUUAAAAAUGGGUGGUAAAGUAAAGACAUGGAAACGGCGAUGGUUUGUUCUCAAAGGAGGGGAAUUGCUUUACUACAAAUCUCCGAGUGAUGUAAUAAGAAAACCCCAAGGACAAAUUGAACUAAAUGCCUCCAGUCGCAUUGUGAGAGGGGAUGGAAAACAAACAGUUCAGCUGACUACUGAAAAAAGAACAUAUUACUUGACUGCAGAUUCCCCAAACAUUUUGGAAGAAUGGAUCAAAGUACUGCAGAAUGUUCUUAAAGUUCAGGCUGCAAGUCCACUUUUUAUUCAACCAGAUGUCAAACCAACCAUGAAAGGCUUGCUUACGAAGGUGAAACAUGGAUAUUCCAAGAGAGUGUGGUGUAUGCUAGUUGGGAAAACUUUGUAUUAUUUCCGCAGCCAAGAAGACAAGUUUCCUUUGGGCCAGAUAAAACUUUGGGAGGCUAAAGUUGAAGAAGUUGACCGGUCCUGUGAUUCAGAUGAAGAUUAUGAAGCCAGUGGUCGUAGUUUAUUAUCAACACAUUAUACUAUUGUCACCCAUCCUAAAGAACAAGGCCCCACUUAUCUGCUUAUAGGAUCCAAGCACGAGAAGGAUACUUGGCUCUAUCACCUGACAGUUGCUGCUGGGAGCACAAAUAUAAAUGUUGGGACAGAGUUUGAGCAGCUUGUCUGCAAACUGUUAAACAUUGAAGGGGACUCUACUUCUCAAAUCUGGAGACAUCCAACUCUCUGUCACAGCAAAGAUGGGAUUACUUCUCCUCUUACAACUCUCCCCUCAGAGGCCUUGCAAACAGAAGCUAUAAAAUUAUUUAAGACUUGCCAGCUGUUUAUAAAUGCUGCAGUGGACUCUCCUGCCAUUGACUACCAUGUGUCUUUAGCUCAAAGUGCUUUACAAGUGUGCCUCACACAUCCAGAGCUGCAGAAUGAAAUUUGUUGUCAAUUGGUUAAACAGACAAGAAGAAGGCAGCCGCCUAAUCAGAUAGGACCAAUUCAGGCCUGGCAGCUUUUAGCGCUCUGCGUUGGACUCUUUCUUCCACAGCAUCCCUUCCUUUGGCUCAUCAAACUUCACUUGAAGAAAAAUGCAGAUUCCAGGACUGAAUUUGGAAAAUAUGCAAUUUACUGCCAGCGAUGUGUAGAAAGAACCCAGCGGAACGGUGACAGAGAAGCCAGACCAUCAAGAAUGGAAAUUCUUUCCACACUUCUAAGGAAUCCCUACCAUCAUUCAUUACCCUUUAGUGUUCCUGUGCAUUUCAUGAAUGGCAUAUACCAGGUUGUUGGGUUUGAUGCUUCUACCACUGUGGAAGAAUUUCUGAAUACACUUAAUCAGGAUACAGGAAUGAGAAAACCAGCAGAAUCAGGUUUUGCUUUGUUUACAGAUGAUCCCUCGGGCAAAGAUGUGGAACACUGUCUCCAAGGAAAUAUCAAGAUCUGUGACAUUAUUUCUAGAUGGGAACAGGCAUCCAAAGAACAGCAUUCUGGGAAAUGUGAAGGGACAAGGACUGUAAGGCUUACUUACAAGAACAGGCUUUAUUUUUCAAUGCAAAUUCGUGGAGAGACAGAAAGAGAAAAGUUGCUAUUAAUGUAUCAAACAAAUGAUCAAAUUGUAAAUGGUCUUUUCCCUGUAAACAAAGAUCUGGCACUAGAACUGGCAGCACUUCUGGCACAGGUGGAGAUUGGUGACUUUGAAAGGCCUUUUUCAACUCCAGCAGGACAAAUAACUUCCCCCUCGAAAUCAAAUCAGACUUUAAAACAAGUUAUGGAGAAGUUUUACCCAAAAAGAUAUAGAGAUGGAUGUUCAGAAGAACAAUUAAGACAGCUUUGUCAGCGGCUGUCAACAAAAUGGAUGGCUCUCCGAGGUCACAGUGCUUCAGACUGUGUGCGCAUUUAUCUGGCUGUUGCUCGAAAAUGGCCUUUCUUCGGUGCUAAAUUGUUUGCAGCGAAGCCUCUGCCAGUAUCAGCUUUGGAGAAUACCUUGAUAUGGUUUGCUGUUUUUGAAGAUGGCAUACACAUCCUUGAGUACACCUCAAUGAGGUUAAUAGCAACAUAUUUAUACAAGAACCUGAUGACCUUUGGAGGCUAUCAAGAUGAUUUCAUGCUGGUGGUUAAUAAUGUCCUCACACAAGAAAAGCCAACCAAAAAACUUUUGUUUACUAUGCCCAGACCAAAGAUUCUUGAAAUUACUCUGCUGAUUGCCAGCUACAUUAACAGCUGUCACCUGCAAAAGGGAUCUGCCCAUCACCUGUCUGCUCCAGCAUCACUGUCUCCACAGGCAGGAAGACAAAAAAGUAAUAUUGGAUGUCAACCAUUUUUGCUGAAGAAUAGGCCAACCAAAGGACCCACUUUGCUAUAAAAAGAUCAGAUACCUGUGAAAAUGUAUGCUAGUUUAUGUAUUUUCAAGUGGUUACACUGGGAAGAGGAAUAAUGCUUUGGAAAUAAGAAUUUCAACCCACUCUUUUUCUUCUUUUCCUUGUGAUCUAUGCCAGUGCCCCUAAUUUAUCCUCCAAAUUAAAAUAUCUCAAGAAGUACAUGAUUAAUGACAAAAAAGUGAAUUGUGAAAGCUGUCAGAGUGCACUUGGUGUUUGCGGGUACCGUAGUUAUAAUCAAAUCAUUCCACAAAGUAUUUCUUUAUAUUUCUGAAACAGUUUCAAGAAAAGAAUGAAGCUUCCAGUUGGUUGGUUAGCAUCCAUGGUAACUUGUUGAAUCUAAAUAAUAUACAUCUUGUUUAUGACCAGAACCUAACCAAGCGAGCAAAGGAAAAAUCAGACUCUGCUUCCUACCAGUUUGCUUCUUUACACAUUAUUUUACAACAUUAAUACAUGGAAGAGUAAUCUCUUCCACCUCCCGCCUCCCAAGUUACUCAGUAUUGAAAUACCAAAUCCUGAGCUUUCAGCCUCUUUUGACACGUAACUGUAUUAAUGUGAAAUGCUUUAAUUGAAGUUACACUUAGUGUUUAAGUGCUUAGAUAAAAUCUUAGAUUUUUAUGUUCACGUUCUUAGAGAGUACUUCUUCUGCUAUCUUUUCCAUCAGUCUUCUUGCUUUUUAAAUCUAGUCUUUUAGACCUGGGUUUCUUAUACCGAGUGUCCCAACCACAAAUUGGGGUCCCCUUAGCUCAGUGUUUCUCAAACUGUGCUCCUCCAGCUGUUUUGGACUUCAGAUCCCAUAAUUCCUAACUGCUGGUAAGCUGGUUGGGAUUUUUGGGAGCUGAAGUCCAAAACAUUUGAAGGAGCAGAGUUUGAAAAACUUAGCUCAAUAUUGGAGUCCUGCAAAACUUUUCUGAGUGCCACCUAGUGGCUGUUGUAGACAUUUGCAGUGCAGUAUUUACAAUGGACUGCAAAGGAUGCUUCAUCUGUACUUCAUAAAAAGAAAAAUCAGCUGUUCAGCAAGUCUUGCAAAUGCUGAUUUGUUAUCAGUAAAUGUUUGAUUGCUAGACCUGUUUUAUAUAGCUACAUACCCGGGGUCAUGUAAAAAUUGCUCAGGCCAAAAGAGAUCCUGAGUAGGAAAGUUUUAAGAAGCCCUGUUUUAGUCUUAAAAUCAUCAGGAGGCGGUCUUUUAUUUAUGUUUGGACCAUGUUCAGUUUGUGUAUUAUAAAAAAUGUUUUGUUUUAGCUGAUGCCAGGUGUUAACGCUUGUACACACAUGAGAGUUAAGACUUGAUGCUGCACACACAAAGCAAUGGAUCGAUCAUGCAUACAUAAACUCUCCCUUACAUCUGCAGAACUCACCAUGGGUUGCAGUGGGAGCUUUUCAGUAUUCUCUGCCAGUGGAAGGUCUAACCCAGUGGUUCUCAACCUGUGGAUCCCCAGAUGUUUUGGCCUCCAACUCCCAGAAAUCCUAACAGCUGGUAAACUGGCUGAGAUUUCUGGGAGUUGUAGGCCAAAACAGCUGGGGACCCACAGGUUGAGAAACACUGGUCUAACCAUUAAUUCUACCUGCCUUCUAGAAACAUACUUUCCACUGUGGCAGAGCAUCACAUGUGACAGGAAGCGAAAAUCAUAUUUAAAAAUAUAUCCAAUAUAUCUAUGUAUUUAUAUUCAAGAUAAAUGUCCAGUGUGUUCACAAUAUUAUCCUUGAUUUGUUGUUCCUUAAGGUGCUACUAGAUUCUGGCAUCUUUGAAAUAUCACUUUAGAUAAUUUUCACAGAAUUUUGCAUCCAUCAUGUUUGCUGCUUGUCUCAAUGGAGACUAAUUGUGGUACACACUUUUAUAGAGUGAAAUAAUGUGAUUUUACUAAUGGUACAGAUUUAACAAUCUUUUAAAAGUGUAUCAUGCAUAACCUCAGUCAUACCCUCACCCUGACCCUGUAAAAGAGAACUGCAUUGUAAUUAGCAUAUUUCUUUCAUUCUAAGGCACACAUUUUCCCCAUAUAAACAUCUCAAAAAAAUGUGGUUUGUCCUAGAAUUGUGGGUGAUACCUAUCUGUCUGUCUGUCUGUCUAUCUAUCUAUUUAUCUUUCUUUUUCUUUUGGUGGUACUAAAAUUGGUGUGUGUCUUGCAAUCAAAGAAAUAAAAUAUUAUGUUUAUGACCUAU